CUUUUUUAUCCAGGCCUAUAAAUACAGGUGGAUAUGAGAAGUCACUUGUCCACACGAGACAUUUGUAGAAACAACAUCUCCAAAUCUUCACUCUGGGCUUACAUGAUGAUACUGCUCGUCCUGCUCCUGUGUGCUCCUGUAUGCCUCUGUGCUGACCUGCUGCUGCCAGUGGACUGCUCUGACAUCCACACCCACUACCCAAGCAAACCCAGCGGGGUCUACACCAUCUUCCCUGGGGGACCCGUCUCCCCACUACAGGUCUACUGUGACAUGGAGAGCGAUGGUGGAGGAUGGACGAUCUUCCAGAGAAGAAUGGAUGGGUCUGUGAACUUCUACAGGCCCUGGGAUCACUACAAGAUGGGAUUUGGCAAUAAGGACGGAGAAUACUGGCUCGGAAUGGAAAACAUUUUGCUACUGAACAUGAGGAAGAAGAAUGAGCUGAGGGUGGACAUGGAGGACUGGGAUGGUAACAAGGUGUACGCCCAAUACUCCUCCUUCUCUGUGGACCCCGAGAUCCUUGGAUACACACUCCACAUAGACAGCUUCAUCAAUGGGGGAGCAGGGGACGCUUUGACUGACUACCACAACAACAUGAAGUUCAGCACCUUCGACAGAGACCAGGACCUCUUUGGAGGGAACUGUGCCAAACACUAUCUUGGUGCUUUCUGGUACGAGAAAUGCCACACCGCCAACCCCAAUGGGGUGUACAGGUGGGGGGCUGAUUCCACAUUAUAUGCUGUUGGAGUGAGUUGGAAACCCCUUCAUGGUGACAAUUAUUCCAUGAAGUCCAUCAGCAUGAAGAUCAGGCCAAAGAAUUAAAUGGACUAGAUUGAUUCAUGAGGGGUUUAAAUGGACAGUUGUCAGUAACACUUGGAUGCAUAAAAAGCAUCACAAAGACUUAACUAAAAAAAAAAAUAGAUUAUAUUAAAUAAUUAACAAUGACAAACAAAACAUUAACAAAUGGUUUUAUUAUUUAAGCUUUAUUAAUGUUUAAAUAAAAUAUCUACAAACAAUAUGAUCAAGAUUCAACACUUUCGAUACAGACCGGGACAACAGUGAAUCAAACUGUGCCAAACUCUAUCUUGGUGCUUUCUGGUACAGUACUGGUUAUACCACCAACCCCAAUGGGAUGAGGUGCGGGGCUCAUUCCACAAUAUAUGCUGUUGGAGUGAAUCGGAAACCCUUUCACGGUGAACAUUAUUCCAUGAGGGGGCGCUCUGGUACACACACAUUUGGGCCUGCAUGCCCACCCAUGGGGACCUCAGUUCGACUCCGGUCGGGGUCAUUUCCCGAUCCUCCCGUCUCUCUGUCUCAUUCGCUUCCUGUCACCAUCUUCGACUGUUCUGUCAAAUAAAGGUAUAACAACCCCUAAAAAAGUUUUUUUUUUAAAAAGAAAAGUAUACCAAGUUUAGUAUGAAGAUCAGACCAAAGAAUUAAUUGGACUUUAUUGACUAACAUUUCACAAAUGCAGUAUGUUAAAAAAGAAUGUUUUGCUUCAUCAUUGAAAUAAUGGCCAUAUUGCGUUUAAAUGACAGAAUGUCAACAGAAACG